AUGCCAAGCUCUUUAGCUAAGAUUGCAAAAUUUAGGAAGAAGAAUGCUGAGAUCAAGGCUGAGAAUAUCAAAUUAAAACAGGAUAAAGAAGACAUUGAGGUCAGAUUCGUAAAACUAGAGCAGAGCAAUAAAGAAAAAACUGAUCUUAUUGCUAAACUAGAAUGGGAUGUUUCACAAAUUAAACAGACUUCACAUAGCCUUGAGUCAAAAACUCAUCAAAAUCCAGACUUAUCUUUAGAUAAUCAAAAUGCUUCCUUGACAGAAUUAGAAAAGCUGAUACCACUUCCAUUACUAUGUAAUGCAAAUACUGUAACCAAUGGUCACGAUCGAGAAGAGAUUAUACCAUCACCAUUACUAUCUGAUGCAAAAACCAUGACUAAUAGUCACGAUCAAAAUAAUAUUUAUGUAAACUCUGUUAAUAUCUCUGAAGUAUUUGAAUCAGAUGAUCAAAUAGUAGAAAAUUUAAUACAAAAGAUGUCCCAUGAUCAUACACAGAGUGUCAUUUCUUCCAAAAAUAAUUCUACAUCUUUAGAUAUCAGUGGACCUGGUGAAAUUAGCAAGUCUUGUAUACAAAAUAUAAUUCCAGGUUCUGCGCAAAGUCUCUCAUAUUUGUUUGAUAAAGCAGUUAAAAAAGGUCAAAAAGAGAUUCUAUGCUG